GUGUCCUGCUUGACGUAACCACCUUCAAAGCAGUUGAAAUUUAAGCAGUAAAAGGGCAAAUCCUACACUUUGGGUCAAAAUAAUAAGACAACUUUUAAAUGAUUUCAAGUAUUUAAAAAAUAAUCUAUUUAUCUACUUAUUUAUUUGAUAAUAGCAUAACUUUUUAUAUACCUUUCACAUAUUUCAUAAUGAAGCAAUCGAUCAAUUUAACCCUCUAUCUUAUCUGCAAUGUUGUAAGCCCAUGAAAAAAGUUGAAAACUCCCAGGUGUAUGUGAAUUUUUCUUACUUAUUUCUUUUGUUUUACUGGAACUUAGGUGUGAUAUUUAAUUGUUGCUAUUGUAUUGACUGGACUUGUUUUAGUAUGUGUGAUUUGGCAAAUGUUUUGCCUUUCUCUUAAUGUUGUUGUUCUUUUUGUUGAUAACCUUUUGUAAGUGCAGGCGAGUUUUAAGUACAAGUUCACUGUUUUGAUUUCGAUUAUCUGGAAUGUUGUGUUUUUGUUUUAAUUUCUUUACAAAUAAUUCAGUGCAAGUAAAUACGCAAUAUCGCUGUUGAUUGUGUGGGCGUUUACUCGAAUGUGUGUGUGGCAAGUGAAAUAACUGUAACUAAACAAAGUUAUUGUACUUAAGGUAGUUUACAACAAAAAGAUUGUACUGGAGCUCUCUCUUUACUCCCCAUCUCUUUUGCACACCGCCCGUUUCUGUAGCUGCCUCUCUGUCGCACUUCCCCCUUUAUUCCUUUGGACCUUUCUCCCUCACUCUCUUGCGUUCUUGCAUCCCCUUCUGUGACGUAGUUUACCUACCAUUCAUUGCUCCACUUUCACACGAGGGAGAGCGAGAGCGCCGAAGAGCAGAAACAUUAGAGAGAGCCAGCUGUGGUGACUCCAACUCCAGGGGCGCAAGCAAAUAGGGAUCAUUUAAGUAUUCUUUAAAAUAUUUUAUUUAAAAAAAAUUAAAACUGUUAUAUUCUGAUAGAAAUCUUAAACGUAAUACGAAAGGGUUACGUAAUGUAAUAAUUAACCAUUUACUGUUAUUAAGAACCCUUCUACCAAUUUGAAAUACUGCGCCCCUGUAGUUUCGCUUGUGGGUUAGAAGCAACGUUUGCUGCCUUUUGCCUUUUGUUUAGGUUUGUUGUUGCUCCGUCCGCUGCCCGUUGCCAGUUGGAAGUCCAUCAGUCUGCGCUGAUUCCCGCUGGCGUGGUGAGGUGUCCGCUCGCGCUCCCGUUCCCGCUGUCUCUCUCUUUUUCGUUCGCUGGCUAGCUGGCCCCGCAGCCGUUGGUGCUACAACUAUUACUACAGCUGUUAGAGCGGCAGAGAAAAUGUACUGCCAGCUGCAGCUCCAAACACUCAAAGAACGCUGCCAAACGCUCCAACAUAUCCAAUAAGAAACAACGAAUCCAAUUAGAAACGUCACGAUGCCACCACACAAGUGGACGGAUGACUCGAGGGACGCUACAUGCUACUACGAGGAUACGGCCGCAUCCCGUUUUCGACGACCGUCGUCCUCUUCCAAUUCAUCCGCUUCAGUAGAACGCUCCGAUGACGAGGCAGAUGACGAACGGGAGGCGUUUUGCUCCGGCGAACGACCGCUAAUCCGCUCCAGCGGCGCAGCAGAGGAGCACCAUGGAUGUGGCCCGAAGACGCGUCACAUUUUCGGAUUUAUGGGCUUCCUGGGAUUCGCCGUGGUCUAUGCAAUGAGGGUGAAUCUAUCGGUGGCCAUUGUGGCCAUGGUCAACCAAACGGCCAUUCCGCACAGCAACUCAUCAGUGAUUGAUACGGACACCUGUCCACUGCCGGAACCCAAUCACAAUGGCAGUGAUCCUAAUCCCCAGAAGGAAGGCGAGUUUGUGUGGGACGAAGCCACGCAGGGAUUGGUCCUAGGAAGCUUCUUCUACGGCUAUGUGCUAACCCAAGUGCCCGGUGGACGAAUGGCUGAGUUGUAUGGCGGCAAAAAGAUCUAUGGCUAUGGAGUGCUUAUCACGGCUAUAUUCACUCUUAUUACACCGCUGGCUGCCCACUGGGAUCUACCGCUGCUAGUCCUGGUCCGCAUCCUAGAAGGAAUGGGUGAAGGAGUCACCUAUCCGGCCAUGCACGCUAUGCUGGCCCAUUGGAUCCCGCCGCUGGAGAGGAAUAAGUUCGCUGCAAUCGUCUAUGCGGGCUCUAAUAUAGGAACUGUCAUAUCCAUGCCACUGGCUGGGUGGCUUUGCUCCCUGGACUUUCUGGGCGGUUGGCCAUCAGCUUUCUAUAUCUUUGGACUGCUGGGCAUCUUGUGGUUUAUCGCCUGGAUGUAUCUGGUGUACGACAAGCCCAGUGAUCAUCCGAGGAUCUCGAAUUCUGAACGAGAGUACAUCGAAAGAAGUCUGCAGGCUCAGCUGUUGAUAAACCAGGAAUUAAUAGAGCCAGAGGAAGAUGAGGGACAGGACCAGGAUGAAGUGAAUCUGAGGGGGCGGACGGAUGAUCCAAUUCCGUGGUCAUCGUUGCUCACAUCCGUGCCUCUAUGGGCCAUCUUGUUGACGCAAUGCGGCCAGGGUUGGGCCUUCUACACGCAGCUCACGGAGUUGCCCACCUACAUGAGCAACAUCCUGCACUUUGACAUCCAAUCGAAUGCCUUGCUGAAUGCUGUACCUUAUCUAACUUCCUGGUUUGUGGGCAUUGCGUGCUCUGCCUUGGCAGAUUGGAUGCUGGCCAAGCGAUACAUAUCUCUGUUGAACUCCUAUAAACUAUGGAACACGGUGGCCUCGGUGGUGCCGUCGCUGGGAUUGAUUGGGAUCAUUUACGUUGGCUGUGAUUGGGUAUGGGUCACCUUUAUGCUAGCCGGUGUUGGCUCAUUUGGUGGAGCCGUCUACGCUGGCAAUCAGAUGAAUCACAUAGCCCUGAGUCCCAGAUAUGCGGGCACCAUGUAUGGGAUUACCAAUUCGGCAGCCAAUAUCUGUGGAUUCCUGGCGCCCUAUGUCAUCGGGUUGAUUAUCAAUCAUCGCGAGACCCUAACCCAGUGGCAUCUGGUCUUUUGGCUGGCAGCGGGCUUGAAUAUAGCCGGAAACUUCAUCUACCUGAUCUUUGCCAGCGCCGAGGAGCAAAGCUGGUCGAAGGCACCACCCACAAGCAUCUCACGAUCCCUGCGCGCUUGAAGCAAGCAAAACUAUUCGCUAUUUUAGCUAGAUUAUAAGCAUUUGUGAUAAUUCCGAUAUAUAUACACAGAUAUAUAUCCUACAUACACACAUAUUUAUAUAUAUAUAUAUAUAUAUAUAUAUAUAUAUAUGGACUCGAAGCUUCCCGAUUGCAGUAUAAGACGUGGCUUCCAAAAAAGAUAACGAAACUAGUGCUACCAAAUCGAGAAAUGGGAAAUCGAAAAGGAUGUUAACUGUUUUAGUGUAUUAUAUAUGUACGUGUAUCGUCCUUUUAUAUGGACUUUUGUUUUGCUAGGCGUCUUUUUUGUAUACCAGUAUACCGAUACCAACUAUAUAUAUUUAUAUAUCUAAGAUAUACACGCUCGAAGGCACACAUAGAUCUGUCGAAAUAAACAGCACAAACAUAUCGAAAAAUAA